AUGUGUGGACGCAAAGGGAAUUUGCACUUCAUCCGCUUUCCCACUUGUGCCAUGCAUAGGUUCAUACAGAUGGGUAGUGAAAAGAACUUCUCCAGCCUGCACACUACACUUUGUGCCACGGGAGGCGGGGCUUACAAGUUUGAAGAGGACUUCAGAACGAUUGCUGACCUGCAGCUCCAUAAACUGGAUGAGCUGGACUGCUUGAUCCAGGGCCUGCUGUAUGUUGAUUCUGUUGGGUUUAAUGGCCAGCCAGAGUGCUAUUAUUUUGAAAAUCCCACAGAUCCUGAACAGUGUCAGAAAAAGCCUUACUGCCUUGAUAAUCCAUAUCCAAUGUUGCUGGUUAACAUAGGCUCAGGGGUCAGCAUCCUAGCAGUGUAUUCCAAGGACAACUAUAAAAGAGUUACAGGGACCAGUCUCGGAGGUGGAACGUUCCUGGGCCUGUGCUGUUUGCUGACUGGCUGUGAGACUUUUGAAGAAGCACUAGAAAUGGCAGCUAAAGGAGACAGCACCAAUGUCGAUAAACUGGUAAAAGAUAUUUAUGGGGGAGACUAUGAACGAUUUGGCCUUCAAGGAUCUGCUGUAGCAUCAAGCUUUGGCCACAUGAUGAGUAAAGAAAAAAGAGAUUCCAUAAGUAAAGAGGACCUGGCCAGAGCUACCUUGGUCACUAUCACCAACAACAUUGGCUCCAUUGCUCGCAUGUGUGCAUUGAAUGAGAACAUUGACAGAGUGGUGUUUGUAGGGAACUUUCUCAGAAUCAAUAUGAUCUCUAUGAAGGUGCUAGCGUACGCUAUGGAUUAUUGGUCCAAGGGACAGCUGAAGGCUCUAUUUUUGGAACAUGAGGGUUAUUUUGGAGCUGUUGGGGCCCUUCUGGAAUUGCUUAAAAUGACAGAAGAUCAGUGA